UGUUCACUAAAUUGCAUUAAAAUGGUGCAUGAAAAAUCAAUAUAGGUGGAUUAUUCAGUAAGCGAAAUUAGAAACAUGACGAAUACUGGUGCAAGCAAUCCAGUACUCACCACCCUAACUCUCAAUCCAUAAACAAAGUUCGUGUCCAGUUUUUUGUAUUUCUUUCUGCUAAAAAUGGAUUGAAAGUUUUCGUUUCAACAUUGAUUAAAAAAAAACAAGGUGACGAAUACUGGUACUUCAACCCUAGGUGGCGUAUGCCAAAAAUGCUAAAUGUGGGUGAAAAUGUGAAUCGAAUCUGCAAAUAGCUCCUCGCGGGGAAUUAGCGAUGCACGGCGUGGCAAUCCAAUGGCAGUCAGUCAGUCAGUCAGCCUGUCAAUAGAGCAGUAGGUGAAACCCGAUAUCGGCCGAUAAUCGAUUGUGUUUCGGCGCUAAAUUGGCUCACUAAUGGAGUGAGUUUGUUUUGUUGUUUGGGGUAAAUAUGCUCUCCAAUGAUGAUUUGUGGUGAUUUAAAGUGUGUUGAAAUGUUUGGCACCUGUUGAAUGCGGGUUAAAAUUAGCAUGCGUGUGACAACGGAAAUCUUCUUUGGUUAGUCAGUGCAAGUGCAGUGUAGAAGAGAACAAUAUCAACGGUGAUUACUUGUUUUCCAUGAGAUUGAAUGAAGGGCUGAGUGACACCCAAACGCAGGAUUCGCCGUUUCAACCCCAAAUGAGGUCAAUGAUUCUCCUACAAUCGCAGUGCAAAACGUGGUCAUAUUUUUUCCUCACGCCAUCCAAAGUGCCAUCGUUUAACGAUGUCUGGUCCCAUAAAAUCGCAACUUCGCGCCGCGAUUUCACUCGAGUGCCACAACAAUACAGAAGAAGGGUUUAAAUAAAAGUGCUCUGUCGUAGAAUAGUUGGGGGUGGGGAGUGGAAGCAUAAUGAUUCUUUCAUUUCGGAACGGUAAUAAGUGAUGCCAUAAAGUGUUCCGUGUCGUAUCCCGGGUGGAAAAAUCGACGAACGAAACGACAAAGUUUUCACACGACAGUUAUCCCACGGAUUAUAAUGUCUCUGCUGAAGUACAGUAAAACAUGGCCAUCGAUUCUCACCAAAAUGGCAGUCGUUCAGCUGAGCGUUGAUUCCAAUGGGAGGACCUACAGUUCGAUCGUGGAACCGGCUUGUCUAACGGGGCCCACCAAUCUGGUGGAAUCGAAUCCCAACUUCCGGAUGAUGGGUCAUCCGCAGAUUGUGAUUCAAACGCCGGGGGAAACGCAAAUGCCGUUGCCGGAUGUGGCCAACGUGGGCGAUGUGAAGCUUUCUGGGGGCUCGGGAAGUGUACAGUGCAUAUGUGGAAAUGGAAGUGCUGUGGGAGGGAUGAUGCGUUUGGAUGAAGAAAAGCGAUUCCGGCGGCCUUAUAGGUCCGAGUCGAUUAAGAUCGAUAAUUGGGAUUACAUUUACACGGAGAAGCUGCCGUUCAAGGGAAUGGGAAGUAAUGGUGCUAGUGCCACAGCGGAAAUCCCGUGCGACGACCACCGAUGCAUCACCGGCCAGGCUGCCCUGAAAGCGUCCACCCUUCGGAGACAUUACUACCCGGAGGGCGACUGGGGCUGGGUAAUUGUGUUUGUCGGGAUGCUUAGCAUAAUACUGAAUCAUGGAGUGCAAAUAUCGGGCCCUCUCUACCUGCUGCCAGCCGGGGAACGUUUCAAGCAAAGCGCCGUCAACAGUACAGGUGAGUGGAAUAUCUGAUAAUGACCAGAACCGAACGGAGAGAACCAGCAGAGCAAAAUGCCAUCACUAUCUAGCUGGUAGUGGUGGGUGUCAGCAGAAUACACAUUGUGCAAUCCAAUUUGGAUGCAUCAGAUUAGUGCCGAAGCAUUCUCAUUAGUUUUACCACAAUCCGUCCGAUCGGAACCCUCCGGCUGUGGGACACACUGAACUAUUCAGGGUAUGUGGUAUAUCGCAUGACUCCGCCAAACAGCGUUCGAAACGUUAUUCCGCAGAAUUCCCUGGAGAGGGAAUCCAGUGGCACAAAUAGUGCCACGAUCCAACGGUGUUUAGGCAAGACAAGCCUCACAAAAUUGUUAGGUCUCAUCGUUUGAAAAGUGAAAGCUAGAUAGUGACUAGUAUACGGUGAAUUGUGGGUAGAAGCUUAGACAAGUGGAGGCGAACAGAUGAUAGUACCAAAUUACUAAACUGACAUCCCAUUUUUUAUAAUACG